CUCCUCUCCUUGUUUGCCCAGGCGAUGCGCAUUCUCUGGCAAGCGCGGGCGCUAAGCAGCGGCGCUAGGGCUGCGCUUCACGAUCUGCCGCAGCUGGAGCGGUCUUUCGAUUCCAUCAAGCGCAGGCUGCUGAUGCCGCAGGAGGUGGAGACGCGCCGGAUCCCGUCCAUGAGCUUGGAGACGGUCAGUGUGGCGACCAUGAUGAAGAAGGCCAAAGGCGAUCCUGACCGGCUCAAAUCCGUGCUGCGGACCUCCGUUUCUAGGCUGCUGACGAAGGAGCUCAUGUCGCUCUUCUGGGUCUUCGUCAGGGCCAAGGAGAUGGAUCUUGCGGAAUUGGUAAGAGAGCUGGGAUUCCUUAUCAAAAUGUCGUGUUUGUCCAUUGGAACUUGGCAGAUUUUUGGCUUGGUCCGGAAGGAAAGCUGGUACAAGCCACAGGCAUCGCUCUACUUGCAUCUCAUCACUGCCUACAGCGAGAGAUUGGAUUCCAAGGCGAUGGAGAGGAUUUUCCAGCUGCUGGAUGAAUCGGAGGAGGAGGGGCUCAUUCCAAAUGUUUUCUCGUUCCAGACUCCCAUCCAAGCGUGCGUGAGCAGCAACGACUUCGAUGCGUGCAUGAGGCUCUACAACCGGAUGCAUGCCUCGACGUGCCGGAAGGACGUCCGCUUCUACAUGUACCUCACCAGGAAGUUCGAGGAGGCUGGGCUGCUAGACGAGGCGCAGAAGGUUUACGAGCACUAUCUGGAGCUACGAAACACACAGGGAUUGCGGACUUUGCUGGAAGAAGAGUGAGGAAAAUCCAUCGAGGUUGGCCAAGCGCUUCUCUCUCACGCGCAAGCUCUUCCAGGAUGGACUUCCACUUAGAAACAACUUUGUUUAUCAACACACAAACCUUACAGGCUUUGCUUACGCUGGCUUUGGAAAGCAGAACGCCAGCAAGCUCUGUACGUCUUCAGCAAUAGGCAUGAAAGGCAUGUUGACGACGA